ACUUUGAUAUAUUUUUCAUAGAAUCAUUCAAGAAAUUAUUUGAGGAGACAAGAACAAACCUCACGAGUGACAUGAAAGCUAAAAGAGAAGAGGAACUUAUUCAACUUCAAGGAAAACUUGAACGACCUCCGAUUGCCUUCCAUGCACAUCACGUGGCAGAUUUGGUUCUUGAUACUACAGAUGAGAUUGUUAUAUUUACGAAAAGUGUGAUUAACGAGGGAACAGGUUACGACACUUCUACUGGAAUAUUUACAGCACCCGUUGGAGGCCUGUACCAGUUUUCUGUGCAUACAUGUGUUUAUAAAGGAAUGUAUGCUUACAUUGGCAUAGUGUUAGAAGGUAAAGUUAUUGCAGCUGAUAUGAACUAUGAUAAGGAUCACUUUACAUGUAGUGCUUUCGGAGCAAUAGCGAGAGUAAAAUCAGGAGAAAAGGUUUGGGUAAAAUCAACAGUGUCAGAUUCCGUCCGCAAGCUUUACCAAGACUCACAUAGGAUGAUCACUUUUAGUGGAAUGCUUGUCAAUAACUGAAUAAAUAAAUUAUUCAACAUUGAUACCUGAAGAAAUCAUAUUUUUAUAUUUGUACAAACACAUUUUCGUGUAAAUUGUUUCAAUCUAGACUUUAUAUCACAACAAUUAGAUAGCAUUUUUGUGAAAUAAGAAGAAACCCUAGGUUGUAUCUAUAAUAUAUCUAGAUAAUAUUAAGAAUAUAAAUCA